AUGGCUCCCAAUGUAGCCGCCUUCUCGGUUUCCCUGGGCUGGGGAGAUAUAAAGCCUCCGCUCCUCCGGCGUGUUGGCAGUUUUCUUCUCAACAUUUCAACACUCAACAUGGUCCGCGCACUCUUCACCGUCAUGGUCCUGGCCCUCGUGGUCGCCUUCGCCGCCGCCGGUCACUUCGGCGGAGGUGGAUUUGGUGGACACUCUGGUGGAUUUGGCGGUGGAAAAUCCGGUGGAUUCAGCAGCGGAGGAUUCGGAGGUGGAUUUGGAGGUGGACACAGAGGCUUCGGUGGAGGUUUCGGAGGAUUCGGAGGCGGACACGGAGGGUUCGGACGUGGAUCUGGAGGAUAUGGACGGUAAUCCAUGACUUCGCACCACCAUCUUGGCCACAGAAGA